GAGGUCAGGCAUCGGGACAAUGCACCGACGUCAGAGCUGCUCCGUCACAUUCACACUCAAGUGACGCCCGUUCACUUUGCCACGGAGCCGAGGGGCUAAUGUUUGAGGCACAGACUACAAUAAAAAAAAAGGAAGAGAGGAGGGGGAGGCAGGAGUGUGCAUGAAAGAAGAGAAAGAGAGAGUGAGUUCCCUCAUAAGUCCCCAGGAAGUGCAAGGGAUCUCAUAACACAGAUCCGACGACGAGGCUGUAGCCGCGCUCAUACGGCCGAGAAGACGCAACGCAGCAGAAGGGUCCUGACCCCAGUAAAGAAAAAGAAAAAAAACCAAAAAACUAACAUGAUGGAAGUGGUCCUCACCAGACUGCGGGACUUCUCCUGCAAGACCUCCACCUUCAACGACAGCGAGCGACAAGCUGUGCCGGGCGCGUGCCGGGACCCUGGGGCCAGGACGGACCACCUCAGAGACGGAGGAGAAGGCAACAAACUGGACAUCGAGGGCGCACUGGCCUGGCUGCGGCGGGAACUGGUGGAAAUGCGUUCCCAGGACCAAGCUCUGGUCCGGCAGCUGAUGGAGCUUCACUCCGGCAUCCAGGAGCUCAAGCAGGAGUUGUCCGAGGGGGAGCAAGAGGAGGAAACGGACGGGGAGGAGGAAGAGGAGGACGGCAGCUGCUGGGACUCCGGGAGCGAGCGGGGAAGCGGCGGCAGCGACUACUCCGGCUUUUCCGCCUCCUUCCUGAAGAGGCCGUCGCCUCUUUACUCGGGGGUUUGGUCAAAGAGAGCGUUCAGCAGGAGGAGCUCUGUGCCCUGAGCAUGUCAUUAUUACUAUUAGAAAGAAAUGCAACUUUUCAAAUCUCUCCUCAACUUCUUUACAUCCUCUGCAAUGACAAGGUGGAGCUAGAUGAAUAAAUCUGCUGAUCCCCGCCACAAUCUCACCGCCCUCUCUCUAAUGGUUUAGUUUUUUUUUCUUUGUUUGUCACAUUGGUCUUUAUCUGUAACAAGAUAUUACACCGUCAAUUUAAUACGUUUGCCGAUUUCGACAAGCCGCUCGAAAGGAUUCUUGAAAACAAUUUGGAAAGAUACGGUUAGCUACGUCCAGCUGUUGGCUAUAGCCAAUACCCUCAUGUAUAGUCUUUAUUCUAAGCUAAGCAAACCAACGGCGGUAGCUUCAUAUCUAGCGGACAGACGGCGAGAGAGAGCGAUAUCAAUCUUCUCGUCUAACUCUCAAGACAGCAGAUGAAAUGUCUUUUUCCUUGGAGUUAUAGCCUGUGUGACAGGGAAGCACGAGUUCUGGAUAUGAAACAUAAAAACCUAAAGGCAGUCAUGUCUGUCUUUGUGUAGUAUUUGUGUGUCUGAAAGUCAGAGAGAGUUUUCCUCUCAAUGUAGAUGAAUACAUGAAGACACGUGUGAAAUGUGUCUCUUGAAUUGAUUUUUCAACCGCAAAUUUUUAAUUCUGAAUGUUCUUGUUUUAUGUGACGCAUGUGAAAUAUGUGAACCUUUGCAGUUCAUCACCUCACAGAUUUGUGUGCGUGAGCACACGUGCUGGAAGGUCGCUGACCUUACACGACUGUAACGACGUCGUGCAGAAUGAAUUCGGUCGGCGGGGAGUUCAUUGCGUCUUCAUUAUGCAGACGCGGCGAUAAAACUUUCCGGUGACGGUGCGACACUGUAAGUGAGAAACCCUGUAUAGUCUUCAAUCUCUUUCUCUCUGGGAAAAGGAUUUUUUUUUUAGUCCAGUGACCUUGUAAGUCCAUGGUAACCGUGGUUACCUCGCGGAUGUACAGAAAGAAUCCGCUGAAACUGUACAAGCUAGAAUUGUUGGGACAUGAGGCGUGGAUGUAUUUAUUAACCACACAUGAACAUUUUAGCAGUAUUUUCAAACAGUGUGCCAGCUCAAUAAAGACGUGGAAAAAACA